AUGAAGGUGUCACAGGAUAAUAAGGCGGACUUUGAAAAUGAGAAGCAUGAGGAGGACGCGCUUGAGCAUGGGGAGGGGUAUGGACAGGAUCCGCAGCGAACAGCUGCCAUGGCCAAGAGGGUUCUGUUCAAGAUAGACACGAGGGUCAUGCCUGUUCUGGCCCUCCUGCUACUAUGCUCGUUCCUCGACAGGACCAACGUCGGCAAUGCCAAAAUCCUCGGCCUCGAGGCUGAUCUGGGCAUCACAGACAAGCAGUAUUCGCAAGGUCUCGCCGUAUUUUACGCCACAUAUAUUGCCUGCGAGCUUCCAAGCAACCUCGUCCUCAAGAAAGUCUCCCCACGUAUCUGGCUGCCCUCACUAACUGUCGCGUGGGGCAUUACAACCAUGUGUUUGGGGUUCGUGCGCUCAUUUGGCAGUUUCGCUGCCGUGAGAGCGCUGCUGGGCAUCGCCGAGGGCGGCCUAUUCCCGGGCAUCGUGCUGUAUUUGUCCAGCAUGUACACUCGAGGCGAAUUGGCCCUUCGAAUAGGAAUUUUUUAUACCAGCGCGAGCCUUUCGGGGGCAUUCGGUGGCCUUUUGGCUAGAGGAUUGUCGGCGAUUGGGCCAAGAGGCGGGCUGGAGGGUUGGAGAUGGAUCUUUAUCAUCGAGGGCUUGCUGACGGUUAUCUCUGGGUUGAUUGCAUUUGUUGCGUUGCCCAAUGGCGUUGCGAGCGCCGGGUUCCUCUCGACCGAAGAGCGAGACUUUGCCGCUGAGCGACUAGCAAGCGACAACGGCGGUCGCUUCAAUCCAGCGAUUGAAGCUGAGGAGACAUUCAAGUGGUCAGAGGUUCGCCGCGGCCUCUUCAAUGUCCAGAUUUGGCUCACAUCCACGACGUAUUUCGCCCUCCUUUCGGGUGUCUACUCUUUUGGUCUUUUCUUGCCUACGAUUGUCAACGAUUUGAAGAUUACAUCCAAUGCCAACAAAGUCCAGUUGUGGACUGUCAUUCCCUACGCUGUAGCAACUCCUACAACAGUCUUUGUCGCCCUGAUUUCCGACCGCAUCAAGCUACGAGGCCUCCCUAUGCUCAUCAUGCUGCCCAUCUCUAUCGCUGGCUACGCAACGAUUGCUCACGUCCAAUCUGCCAGCGUCCGCUUCGCAAUGACCUGCCUCAUGGCCAUGGGAAUGUAUAGUUCCGUACCCAAGUAUGUCGAUAUCCCGGUAUAUCCUUCACAAUUUUCAGCAGCUGACGAAGAGGUCACUUCGCUAGCAUUCGUAUACCCAAACAAGGACGGGCCCAUAUAUCUCAAGGGACACUCCAUCAUUCUGGGGCUAUUGUGUUAUGCGUGGUUUGCUGUUUUGGCCAAUUUGCUCUGGUUGGCCAAGAUGAACAGAGACAAGAAGAUGGGCAAAUACGACCAAUACGCUAGCUCUGGAGACGAUCGCGACCCCGAAUUCGAAAUGAUCUUGUAA